GAUAAGUGAACAGUGUGAACAUCAUAACAAAGAGCUCUCAUCAAAAAAGCACAAAACAUUGUCAUUUAGGCGAGAACUUUGUCAUACCUAUAAACACUUUUCUCACCCAUCUCCAUCCAACAACCAACCAUCAUCUCCAACAUCCUUUCGACCACAACCACAAACAAACAACCACCACCAUGGCACCCCCCAACACAACCCAACCAAUCCACCUCCCCGGCACAACCCUCGAAGGAGGCGGCCAACUCCUCCGCAACGCCCUCGCCCUCUCCUCCCUCCUCCGCACACCCAUCCACGUGACCUCCAUCCGAGGAAACCGCUCCGGUGGAGGAGGCCUCAAAGCGCAGCACCUGGUCUCGCUACAAUUCCUCGCCGCGGCCUCAGGCGCGGGGGUCAAGGGCAUAGGGCUGGGGAGCAAGGAGGUUGUGUUUUCGCCCGGCGAGCGGGAACGACAUGGCUUUGGGGGAUCGGUGGAAGCAAAGGGGGACUCGAGGAAAAGGAGGAGGAAGAUCGAGAUCAAGCAGGCGACGCCCGGGAGCGUGAGUCUUGUUUUCCAGGCUGUGCUGCCGUUUUUGAUGUUCGGGGGUUGCUGUGUGGCGGCGGAUGGGAAAGAGAGUGGAGAGAAAGAAGACGAUGGGGAGGGGGAGAUAGAGGAGGAGUUCGAGCUGCUGAUCACGGGCGGCACGAACGUUUCGAAUAGUCCUAGCUUCGACUACACCGCGCAGGUGCUCAUUCCGAUGCUCAAGAUGAUCGGGAUUCCUGAUAUCGAGGUCAUGUGCUCGAGGGGUUGGAGUCAGGGGCGCACGAGUCUUGGAUGGGUCCGGUAUCGGUUUGGUACUUUGAGAGAUAAGCUUCCCGCGUUCAGGCUUGUUGAUCGGGGGAGCCUUGUCAAGGUCAAUUUCACGAUUCUUGCGCCUGGAGGGUCGGAGAGGGAUUUCAGGGAUGAGGUGGAGGUUGCCUGGGAGAGAUUUUCGAGGACUGCCUGGCCUGAUGUGGGACCGGAAAAUGAAGAACCGGAGAUGGAGGUUUCGUUUGAAGAUUCGAGGGAUGCUAAGAGAUAUUACCUGCUUGUUGUUGCGACGACAUCGACGGGGAUGAAGUUGGGUCGCGAUUGGUUGUAUGACAGAGGUGUUCGGGCGGGCAAGACGGAUGGAAUUGCCAGGGAGAUGCUGAGGAAGGUUUUGCUGGAUAUGAAAGCGGAGCUGGACCAUGAGGGUUGCGUUGAUGAGUGGAUGAGGGACCAGCUUAUCGUCUUUCAGGGUCUGGCUGAAGGGAAGAGUGAGGUGAAUGGAGGCCGAAGAAGGAUGAAGAACGGCGAAGAGGGCCAGCUGGUGGAGCCAAGCCUUCAUGCGAAGACAGCACAGUGGGUGGCAGCAGAGCUGCUGAACGUCAGUUUUGAUGAUGAAGGUGGAUGUGAGGGUGUUGGAUAUGCGCCUGGGCAUCAUAACGGGAAUGCGCAGAGCAAAGAGCAUAGUGGGGAUGGAUUGGUAGAAAGCAUGGAGAAGCUUGACAUCAAAGCAAACACCCCAUGAAUGGACUCAUUACAUAUAUUUUUGUAUUUUAUAUGGUUCAAGCGAAAGCAUUUGAGAGACAGUUUUCAUAAAAGCGAUACUACACAU